AUGGGAACUCCCAACGCUCAGCUGUUAGGAUCAAAGAUUGUAUUUGUUGGGAAUCUCCCGUACGAUAUCAAUGAGGAGGAAGUUGUCAGGAUAUUUCAGGAAGUUGGCCCCGUGAAGGACUUCCGUAUGAAUUUUGACAGGCACACCGGCAAGCCUAAAGGAUAUGGAUUUGUUGAGUAUUACGACGGCGACACGGCCGCUUCUGCUGUGCGCAAUCUCCACGAUAAUCCUGUCGGUGGUCGGCCGCUGCGUGUCGAUCUUGCCCCAGAUGACCCCAAGCAGUCCAAGCAGAAGGAGAGGGAGAGAGAGCGUGACCGUGUUGGCGGUGGUAGCGGCGUAGCGUCUACACCGCAAUACGCUCCUCUCCCACCGCCCCACGCUGCUGCAAACAUGGGCGUCGAUAUUCCUCCCACUCAGUCAGCCACAGACAGCAUUAGCCAGACACUCGCUAGUCUCCCACCCAACCAGCUCCUCGAUGUUAUGGCCCAGAUGAAGGCGUCUGUGCACACUGAAUCUAACACUGUCAGACAGCUCCUAGUUCAGAACCCACAGCUCUCUUACGCCCUCUUCCAAGCAAUGUUGAUGAUGAAUCUGGUUGAUAACCACGUCGUGCAGAGACUCAUGCCGGCAGCUGCUGCGCCACCACAGCCUCAGAUGGUGCCUACUCCACCGAUGGCUACGCCUAUGUACCAACAGCAGCAACAGCAGCAACAGGCUAUGUAUAGGACUCAGACUCCUACUUACGCCCAGACCUACGCUCAACCACCGGCUUAUGCACAGCCUCCAGCUCCUGACCCAGUACAGGCAAAGGUUCAGGCCCUGCCUCAAGAACAGCAGGCUAUGGUGAUGCAGGUGUUGUCAUUCUCCCAACAGCAGAUCGAUCAGCUGCCUAUGGAUCAGAGAGAUUCGAUUAGGGCUUUGCGUCAACAAUUUGGUGUCAUGUAG